AUGUCCAUCUCGUUUUCGUCGUCGUCGUCGUGUGAAGCUUUUUCUAAGCUUUCACCACGACGUCGAGGCGUUUCCGGUCGUGGCGUUUCCAAUCAUCCGUCGCCAAAUUCGUCGUUGUCGUCUUCACUUCCUCUCGCGGUGUUUCAUCAAAACAGACGACGUAAACGACGAACGACGAGGCAGAGUUUUUGUUUCCCGUCGUCUUUGUUUUCCCACGACGACGACGACGUAAACGGGAGGAGAGCAGACGACGUUGAGAGUAAAAAUGCUGCGAGAGCUGACGAUGCUUUUGCGCUCAAAGAAGACAAAGGAGGAAAAGGACGUUCAUCUUUAAUUGGUCGGCGGGCGGCGAUGUCAUCAUCGUCUUCUGCCGCGUUCGUUGCUGUUGCGAGUAGUAGCAGUUCGCUCUCGUACUUUUGCUUUCCGGCAAGAGCGGGAGCGACGCCGCAGGACAUCGAGUGGGGGGCGCCGGGCUUGACGAAGCGGGCGUUUAAGUUUGACGUUCCGCUGAGAGUGAACGUGUUGCGAGGGACGAUUCCACCGAACGUUUUCGAAGACUUUAAGGAGACGCAGGCGUCACCUAGGUUGAAGUUGGAACACUCGGCGUCGGCGUCGUUGGCGAAGUCGUUUCAGGAUUUGAGGAGAGGGAGGGCGAUACUAGAAGAAGGAGGGAACGGAAACGAUUUUUACGCCGAGGAGGAGAGUAGCGAGAAUAGCAGAAAUAGGAAUAGCAGCGAUCAGAGAGAUAAGAAAGGUAAGAAAAAACUGUCGAAAACGGCCGCGACCGCGACGUUAGCUACGCUCGGCGAUGCAUAUUUGAAAGCGGCGAUUCGCGAGAAGCUCAUUCUUCCGUUUGAGAUCACCGGUAAAGAGCGGUGGUUUCGAGCAUUGCCAGAUGUAUAUAAGAAUUUGUGUUUUCGCGAUUACAGAACUGGUGACAUUGUGCGCAGCACGGAUCCCAACGGAAGACUGUUCGCGGUGCCUUACAGAGUUACGGCAACAUUGCUGGCAUACAGAGCGGAUAAACUUCCCAGAGGCGUCGAGGCGAUUACCGAUUGGACGGACGUUUUCGAUCCACGCUUUGGGAACAAAACGUUCGUAGGGUGUGCGGAUGCGCCGAGAGAAGUUCUCUCCGCGGCUUUGAAAAUGGGCGAUCCUCGUAAUACAAUCAAUCCCAAGACUAUCGAUAACGAACGGUCUCAGAGAGACGCUUUGCGACGACUGCGCGCAAAAAUCAAGGUAUCAGAUGACGAAACGUAUCUCCGGGCGUUACAAAACGGUGAUAUAUCCGUCGCUUUUGGUGGUAGCGACGACGUUUUAGCCUUGUGUCGUCGCUCAUCGCUGGUGAAACCAGUAUUUCCACCGUCUGGAACGGCUUUGCACUGCGACGUGUUUGUACGCCCGGUGUUGAAUGAGGGCGGAGGAUACACUUCGUCCGUACCGCACAGCGCGCCGUCAUCGUCCCCAGGUAUCGAUGCUUGGUUAGACUUCAUGCUCGAUUCUGGUCGGAUAAAUGAACGCGGUGGAUUGCGCAGUGGCUUGAACCCGAUUCAAUUCGACGGUGAUCGCAUCUAUGGCGGUCGUUCAUCUCAAGAUGAUGUCGGCGAUAUAUUCAAAGGAUGGUUACCGGACGAUAUGGCAUGGUCGAACAGCGAGUUCGUGCUCCCACUCUCGGAUGCAGCCAUUCGCGCGUAUGAAGAUAUAUCUAGAGAAAUAUGA